ACAGGGGCUUAUAAGAGCAAUGGACGGUAAAAGAUAUAUUUUUAAUAAAUCGAUGACACGAAGGGUUGGGCAGGGUGUUCUGCCGACCCCUCGACGUUUUAUCCUCCUCGGCACAUGGGAAUAUUAAAAUUUGGACUCCGGAAUAAUAACAACGUGCAGGCUAUAGCUAGCCAUGUUUCUUAAUAUUUUGUAGAGUUUUACUUUCCAAUAUAUUAAUUUAAACACAAAGAACAGCUUUAUGUGUCUAUUAUUAAAAUGCCACGUAAUGGUGAUGGUGUACGUUAAAGAUACUGUCCCGAAAUGACAUACGUCAUGAAAAAGAUAUUGAUACUACGACGACCAUACAAAACCGUAGCCCGCUACGUCAUUACAACAUGCUUAGUCGUUAGCUACGCCAAUGACCAAUACCUACAGACUUGUAGCUUGCUACGUAAAAGUUCAAGGGUGUAAUUUGUAUACGACAGUUUUAUACGUACUGCACCUAGACCUCGAGUUGAAGGUCGUUAAUCGGUACUAGUUAUUGGUUUUAGCAUCCUACUACAUUUAGUAUUUAAUAUAGGGUAUGUGCGAAAGCAUUCAAACAAAGGAACCUAUUCUACUAAAAGUUCCAAAAGCAUCUAUCAAAUAUGCAACUACGAAAUAAUCAUUAACAUAAAAGCAGGAACUUUUCUGAGGUAGCAGUAAUUACAUUCCUAGUUAUGACGAGAGGGGAGGCCGGGUACACAGUACGCAUGCGCGGAAGAACCGGUCAUGGCAACGCACAUUGAGGCUCCUUUACUUUAUGUAAUAAACUAGUACACUGAACAAAUUAUUAUAAAAAGUUUCAUUGAACAUUUGCCGUAUAAGAGAUAUGAAUGAGGACCACUUCGUUUUCCCUCGAGGUCCUGGCCUUACUCUUCCUCACGCUGAUCCCUUGGCCAGGGCCGUCAGUCUUCAAGAUCACGUGCUCUCGUGACAACUCCAAAAUCGUAAGAAAAGUCAUACAGAACAAAUGGCUUCCAGUGUUGGAGAGGUUUCAGGUGAAACUACCACUGGAGUGUCCGUUCCACCCCGCGCGAGACAUCUUUGCACCGCAGCACGCCGCCAAGCUGCAGCACCGGCCGUCGCAGUGGACGUGCGCCUACUGCGGCAAGUCCUUCUACGAGGAGAGGCAUCUAGACACGCACUUCGACCAUCGCCACAAGAACCAGAUUAACAAGGCGGAGGAUGCAGUGUGUCUGGCAGACUACUGCGACAUUAUGCGGUGCCAGGUGCUGGUCGCGCACGGCCUGCUCAGCGGUGCUGGCGGUCCGAGCACCGACAUAGAGGUUUGGCAGGAUGUAGAGGCUGUGAAGAAAGCGUUGGCCCCGGCAGCGCCGCGGAGCGUGGCGCGGGUGACGGCGCGGCGGCGGCAGCACCGGCCCCGCGCCGCACCGCCACCGCCCAUUGCCGACUGUCCCCGAACUGACCCGGACAGCGAAGAACCAGAGCCGGAAGAAAAAAGAACAGAAGACAGUGACGGGGAUGCCAACCAGACAGCUGAGCUUUGUGACGCUGAUACAGUUGAGUCCUCCCUGCCUCCUGACAGUCGGCAAAAGAGGCUCGCUGACUUGCAAGCUGAAAGAGCGGCUUGUGACCCUACACGCCUACAAACACUCAAGGUCCGCUGUGAAAGAAUUGUGCAUUCCUGCAUAGCAACGCUACUUCUACAUCUCACACAGCAUCAAUUCAAUGAACUUGAAGAGGAAAUGCAGCGCGCAGUAUGUUGGUACUUGAGCUGUGACCGCUACUGGGAGGACACGGCGCCCACUGCUCGCGCCUUCCCCUGGCCGCUGUUGCUGGCCCUCGCUACCGGCCUAGCGUUGGCACUCUGCAUGUGCUAUUAUAUCAUCUGGAUUGUGUUCGAUUCGGAAGAGGGCAGCGUGGCGGGCAGUGCGUCAGUUUCCAUGACGACACACUCGUCGCCGACGCGCGGGGAGCGGCUGGCGGCCGAGGAGGCCAUGUUAGAUGACCCCGACCACGACGACCACUACAUAUACGUCACGUACCCGCCGGAGCUCAAGCGCAGACUGCUCGAGAGCUGCUACAAUAGAACGACUCGCCUCUGAGAUCCGCAUCCAUGCCAUUGCGCCGCGCAUGCGUACUUUGUACCACUACAAUUAGAUUUAUAUUUAGACUUAGUGGCAACUUUAAGACAUUCUGAUUCAGAAAAAAAUUAAGACGCAUUCUGUUCUUUAUAUCAAUGCUAAUAAUAGAGAACUAUGACGUAAGACUUGACUUUGACUUAAGUAGGUAAGCGAAAUCUACAAGUUCAUCUUUAUUAAUUAGAAUUUCUUUUCUUUCUGUAUUCGAUUGAUAUAAGGAACAUAAUCGUUUAACUACAACUAAUUUUCACAAAAUUACAAACGUAGUCAUUAGAACUUAACUAAAAAGAGCCUUUUAUUUGAUAUUAUUGUGAUAUUGUUUUUUUUUAUAAGUACAUAUUAUUUUGUUUUUAGAGGUAGUUCGCUUAAAAACAAUUGGUGCCUAAACCUUUCCGUUUGAUAUUGUACCUACUUGUAAGUUUUUUCUCUUUAGGUAAUAUUAUGGCAUUAAAAGUACUGUACAUAACUAUGGAGCAUGGCUGACUCCUGCUCACACCGGAAUUACGAUUAGAGUAACUAAUAGGAAAUAUGUAUUGUAGCUUUCGUCAUACUGCAAAAAUGAUAAGGCCUAUGCAUAGCAAGGUAUUUUUCUACCGACUUUAAAACGAUUCUCUAAUCAUCGAUUUUUUUUUCUAUGGUCAUAUAAAACCUCUUAUUCUAUAUUCUGGUUGUGUCCUACGUAACACUUUGGUGUGACCAAGAGUCAGUUAUCUUAUUAAAGCAUAAUUACAAAUAGAAUUCAGCAAAUAAGAAAGAAUAUUUAUUUUAUACUAAUGCAUUUUAAAACCCCUAUGAAUACUAUGUAAUAUAAACUUAUGUAGAGGCUAGAAUUAUUUUGUAUUGAAUUUGCGCAAAAUUAUAUACCUAUCUUGGAAUCACCGUGUGACAAGUAAAAUUCUUCUUAGAUAAACGACAAAGAUUUUAUAGCGGUAAACAUGGAAAAAAUAAUGUUUACUUUUAAUAACCAUAUUGUAAAAUAGGAAUGAAUAGCUAUGAAUCUCGAGACCAUUACCUGUUGCUCAUUAAAAUAUAAAACCUUGUUUUAAUUUACGUAUAA